CUAUUCCCAGGCCCAAGAGCGUCAACAGUGCUGCCCGCUCGUAGCGGGACGGGCAAGGGUAAGGAACAUGGUUUGGUUCUUGCUUUCCCACAACCGUCGAUCAUUCAUCACGGUCCACGGAGCCUUGGAGGAUUGCUUGUCCUGUGCGUCUCCCCUGCUCUUGAAGAUUGGUGAAGGUCUUAGAGGAUGGGCCGGGGCUUUAAUAAUCUGCUUGCUGCCGGCCCUUCUCUUCUGGGUGUUGUAAGUGUAUAUCUUGGCUGCCACCCCUCCGAACCGGCUCGAGAUGUGGUUCUUCAGAAUUUUUGCCUUUUGAGUUCAUGCCCUUUCAUUACAUAGUCACGGUCAACUUGGCACCCUUAAUCUCAGUCGUUACUUGAUACCUGAAGCAUCUAUCCAUCGAGUCGAUUAGUGGUGGACAUAGGCGAGGAGUGUAUCACAUCAUUCGAAUCAACAAUGCCAUCAAGUUCACCGGAAAGACACUUGGUCGCACCGGACAACAGCAACAUCGCUUCCAGACAGGCAUCCCAAGACUCGGACCGCGAAGUGAAAUACCAGACAGGAUUGAUGCCCGCCGAAUAUGCGGGCCUCGAGGUGGCCUCGCCCUCGCCGGGCAUGAAGUACUACCAGCCUGCGCCGGGCGCCGCCCCUGAACCGGUACCGGCACCAGCGCCGGGCGGAUACGCGCCGUACCAAGAUCAAGAUCAGCACAACGGCUCCGGGUACGAAAGCCACCAGUACCCCGCACAUUCAACGGUCGGGGCUGGAUACGGCGGAAGCCAGGCGGGGAUGCCGCCGAAGAAGAAUAAGAGGAUAUGGGGCAUCCCCGUGGCGACGUUUUGGGUAGCUAUCGUCGCGUUGGUUUUCUUUCUGGGGACGAUUGGUGCGUCUGCUGCGGCUGGAACGAUCGCACAGGCGCAUGCGGCGUAUGUGCAGACGUGCCAAGCCAAACUCGAGCAAGCAUCAUCACCAUCAGCGUGCGCUUCGAGCGGAUCAUCAGCAGCAUCCGCAUCAGCAUCAGCCUCGGGGGCCUCAGCGCUCUCAGCAUCAGCCUCAGCAACAGCAUCAUCAGCAUCCUCCACUUCAACCUCACUCGCCUACAUCCCGCUCCCAGGCCAAGCCUCCUCAAUUCUGGGCGAAGCGACGACAAACUGCCCCGACCUCAGCUCAGAGAACAAGACGUACACGGUACCGAACUCGAAUCUGCGCUUCGUGCGCGAGUGCGGCAACAAUUACCCGAUGAAUGACCUAGGCCACAUCCCGCUGACGAGGAUGGAAGACUGCAUGAACCUGUGCGCGGCACUUGCUGUCACGACGCAGAGCGCUGAUGGGCCUUGUGUGGGUGUGGCGUGGGUUACGGCGGGGAAGCAGGGAACGGAUGAGAAUUAUUGCUGGUUGAAGAGUGCCAAGGGGGCGCCGGAUCCGAAGGCGAAUAUCGAGGCUGCAUGGCUUGUGAGGACGUGAGAGAGGUCCCAGUCGGGAGUGAGUGAACGUCGUGAGUGAGAUAAGCGAAAUGAGAUGAGAAUGAGAUGAGACUAGAUGAAAUGAGAUGGGACACUUCUGAGUGGCGUUGUCAUCUACAUACUCUGAUACCACGAUUGUCAUGUUUACGUUUGCCGAUUAAUCGUCCUACGAUAAUACAAACGCAAU